CGGGACUUCCGGCCGCUGAGUGACAGUCUUGACAGGCGGCGGCGGCGGAGGCGACAGUGGCCGCGGCGGAGGCGACGCGCCGGGGCCUGCGGACAUCGGAAGCGGGGACGCCGGGCGGGCCGGCCUGCGGGAGCCGCGCUGGCGGCGGCGGUGGCAGCGGCGACGGCGGCGGCGGCGACGAUGAUGGAGAUCCAGAUGGACGAGGGCGGCGGCGUGGUGGUGUACCAGGAUGACUACUGCUCCGGCUCGGUCAUGUCGGAGCGGGUGUCGGGCCUGGCGGGCUCCAUCUACCGCGAGUUCGAGCGCCUUAUCCACUGCUACGACGAGGAGGUGGUCAAGGAGCUCAUGCCGCUCGUGGUCAACGUGCUGGAGAACCUGGACUCGGUGCUCAGCGAGAACCAGGAGCACGAGGUGGAGCUGGAGCUGCUGCGGGAGGACAACGAGCAGCUGCUCACCCAGUACGAGCGCGAGAAGGCGCUGCGCAAGCAGGCGGAGGAGAAGUUCAUUGAGUUUGAAGAUGCUCUGGAACAGGAGAAGAAAGAGCUGCAGCUGCAGGUGGAGCACUUUGAGGUCCAGACACGGCAGCUGGAGCUCAAGGCCAGAAACUCUGCAGACCAGAUUUCCCGGCUGGAAGAGCGUGAGUCAGAGAUGAAGAAGGAGUAUAAUGCCCUGCACCAGCGACAUACUGAGAUGAUCCAGACGUACGUGGAGCACAUUGAGAGGUCCAAGAUGCAGCAGAUCGGUAGCAGUAGUCAGGCUGAGAGCAGUGUGCCUGGUAGGAGCCCUCGCCAGUCAUGGAGGAAAAGCAGGAAGGAGCGCCCCACGUCUCUGCCACUGGCUGACAGCAUGUGUCCACAAGAUGAGAUGUCCGAGUCGGGCCAGUCCUCGGCCGCCGCCACGCCCAGCACCACAGGCACCAAGUCCAACACCCCUACUUCUUCUGUGCCCUCGGCCGCUGCCACCCCCCUGCAUGAGAGUCUACAGCCCCUGGAGAACCUUGGGGCAGGCCCCCAGCAUGGCCAGCGGGCCCGAGAGAAGUGCAACAGCCGUAACAUGGAAGUGCAAGUCACGCAGGAGAUGCGAAACGUCAGCAUAGGUAUGGGCAGCAGUGAUGAGUGGUCUGAUGUCCAGGACGUCACCGACUCUACCCCGGAGCUGGACAUGGGCCGGGAGCCCCGCCUGGACCGCAUGGGCAACAGCCCCACCCAGGGUAUCGUGAACAAGGCCUUCGGCAUCAACACUGACUCCCUCUACCACGAGCUGUCCACCGCAGGCUCCGAGGUUAUCGGGGAUGUGGACGAAGGAGCUGACCUGCUGGGGGAGUUCUCAGUGCGCGAUGACUUUUUUGGGAUGGGCAAGGAAGUGGGGAACCUGCUGCUGGAGAACUCCCAGCUCCUCGAAACCAAAAAUGCUCUGAACGUGGUGAAAAACGACCUGAUUGCCAAAGUGGACCAGCUGUCGGGGGAGCAGGAGGCGCUGAAGGGAGAUCUGGAAGCUGCCAAGCAGACCAAACUCAGGCUAGAGACCCGCAUCAAGGACCUGGAGGAGGAGCUGAGGCGGGUCAAGUCUGAGGCCAUCAUUGCCCGCCGAGAGCCCAGAGAAGAGGUGGAGGACGUCAGCGGCCCCCUCUGCACAGAACUGGACAAGAUCCCCAUGGCCCAGCGGCGCCGCUUCACCCGAGUGGAGAUGGCCCGUGUGUUAAUGGAACGCAAUCAGUACAAGGAGCGACUGAUGGAGCUGCAAGAGGCCGUACGGUGGACCGAGAUGAUCAGGGCAUCCCGUGAGCACCCCUCUGUCCAGGAGAAGAAGAAGUCCACCAUCUGGCAGUUCUUCAGCCGCCUCUUCAGCUCCUCCUCCAGCCCCCCGCCAGCCAAACGAUCCUACCCCUCCAUGAACAUCCAUUACAAGUCUCCCACCACAGCCGGCUUCAGCCAGCGCCGCAGCCACGUCAUGUGCCAGAUCCCUGGCAGCCGCCCCCUGGAGUUCUUCCCCGACGAUGACUGCACGUCCACGGCCAGGAGAGAGCAGAAGCGAGAGCAGUACCGCCAGGUGCGCGAACAUGUGCGCAAUGACGACGGCCGCCUGCAGGCCUGUGGCUGGAGCCUGCCCGCCAAGUACAAGCAGCUGAGUCCCAACGGAGGCCAGGAAGACACAAGGAUGAAGAACGUGCCUGUCCCAGUGUACUGCCGCCCACUGGUGGAGAAAGACCCCACCAUGAAGCUGUGGUGCGCUGCGGGCGUCAACUUGAGUGGGUGGAAGCCCGUUGAGGAGGAUCCUGGGAGCGUGGUCAAGCCCAUGCCAGGCCGAGACCCUCUGACCUGCGACCGGGAAGUGGAAGGAGAGCCUAAGAGUAACCACACGUCCCCUGAGAAGAAGGCAAAGGAGCCACCUGAAGCAGACGCCACCUCGAGCCGUGUGUGGGUGCUCACCAGCACCCUGACCACCAGCAAAGUGGUGAUCGUGGAUGCCAACCAGCCAGGCACAGUGGUAGACCAGUUCACCGUGUGCAAUGCGCACGUGCUCUGUGUCUGCAGCAUCCCUGCGGCCAGUGAUGGCGACUACCCUCCUGGAGAGAUCUUUCUGGAUGGGGACAUAAAUCCUGAGGGGUCAAGCACUGAUGGUGUGCUGGCUGGCAUCACGCUGGUGGGCUGUGCCACUCGCUGCAACGCGCCCCACAGCAGCUGUUCAUCCCGAGGGGGCACCCCAGUACUGGACAAAGGUGAGGGGGAGGUGGCUGCUGUUGCCAACGGGAAGGUUAACCCCUCUCAGUCCACGGAAGAGGCCACGGAGGCCACGGAGGUGCCAGACUCGGGACCAAAUAAGCCAGAGGUGGCUGCGGUACGGCCGGGGCCCCUCACAGAGCACGUGUUCACAGACCCGGCCCCCAGUCCGACCCCCAGCACCCAGCCUGGCAGUGAAAGUGCACAAGAGGCAGAAGCAAGCGAGGGCCAGCCGGAGCCCAACACAGACCUCACUGGGGCCAGCAGCGCAGCGCCUACCAUGUGGCUGGGCGCCCAGAAUGGCUGGCUCUACGUGCACUCAGCUGUAGCCAACUGGAAGAAGUGUUUGCACUCCAUCAAGCUCAAGGACUCGGUGCUGAGCCUGGUGCACGUGAAAGGGCGAGUGCUGGUGGCCCUGGCGGACGGCACUCUGGCCAUCUUCCACCGGGGGGAAGAUGGCCAGUGGGACCUGAGCAACUACCACCUGCUGGACCUGGGCCACCCGCACCACUCCAUCCGCUGCAUGGCUGUGGUGCACGACCGUGUGUGGUGCGGCUACAAGAACAAGGUGCACGUCGUGCAGCCCAAGACUAUGCAGAUCGAGAAGUCCUUUGAUGCACACCCACGGCGGGAGAGCCAGGUGCGGCAGCUGGCAUGGAUCGGAGAUGGGGUGUGGGUGUCCAUCCGGCUGGACUCAACCCUGCGGCUCUACCAUGCUCAUACACAUCAGCACCUGCAGGACGUGGACAUCGAGCCCUACGUCAGCAAGAUGCUAGGCACGGGCAAGCUGGGCUUCUCCUUUGUGCGCAUCACGGCCCUGCUCAUCGCGGGCAACCGCCUCUGGGUUGGCACCGGCAAUGGCGUGGUCAUCUCUAUCCCGCUAACUGAGACUGUAGUUCUGCACCGAGGCCAGCUCUUGGGACUCCGAGCCAACAAGACCUCCCCCACCUCUGGAGAGGGCGCCCGACCCGGGGGCGUCAUCCAUGUGUAUGGGGAAGACAGCAAUGACAAGAUGGCCAGCACCUUCAUCCCCUACUGCUCUAUGGCCCAGGCCCAGCUCUGCUUCCACGGACACCGCGAUGCUGUCAAGUUCUUUGUCUCUGUCCCAGGAAACGUAUUGGCCACCCUCAAUGGCAGCGUGCUAGACAGCCCAUCCGAAAACCCGGGGCCAGCUGCUGCUGAGGCUGAGGGCCAGAGAAUGAAGAACGCCCUGGUGCUCAGCGGUGGGGAGGGCUAUAUCGACUUCCGCAUCGGUGAUGGGGAAGACGACGAGACGGAGGAGAGUGCAGGGGCUGUGGGCCAGGUGAAACACAUGUUGUCCAAGGCCGAGCGCAGUCACGUCAUUGUGUGGCAGGUCACCUACAGCCCCGAGUGAGCCCUACGUGUACAUAUGACCUGCUCCCAGCCGCCCGCCUGCCUGCUCCCUAACCUCUCAACUUGCAGCUUUCACCAUAAGGCCCAUCUGGCCACAGCCACAAUGGGGUCCAGCUGGGGAGGGGGGGGUUGCACCUGUAAUGGGGGAACUUUUCGGGAACUCUGCCAGCACCUCCUGGCCAGCACCCAGGCCAAAGUCCUCCAGACCCAGGGGUAGGCAGAAGCAGAGCUGGCCAGGGCGCCCUUAAGUGUCCACUGCUUGCCGGGGUCCCAGGCCAGGAGAUAGAACCUGGCCCCGCACCUUCCCGCCUUGAACACAGGCUGCCUGCUACUCCCCUAUCCUGUGCCCGGGACUCCCCCAGCAGGGGCUGGCCUGGAAGCCCCCAAGUGUAGGAUUCACCAGGCUCAGGGAGGGACUUGAUGCCCUCGAGGAGAACAGCUCAUGCUACUAAGUGCCAUGGCCUGGUGGCACCGCUGCUCCUGGUGCCCGGGAGGCAGCCAGGCACACAGCUGGUAUGGUAGUUGUGGCCCCUGAUGGAAGGAGCACAAGACAGCACUCCUGCCCUUGGUUCACCUCCCCGGAGAAGCAUAAAUCUGGUUGGCUGCGGCUACAGCUGCAGCUCCUCUCCACUGUGACAACCGUCUGCCCUACUGUCCCGGGGACUGGGGGCUGGCCUCAGGCUUUGGCCCUGCAAGUGACCCGCUCUGCUCCAUGUAAUAAACGUCCUCACACAGACCUGUCUCCCAGCACGGCA